GUUCAAAGCUUCUGCCUUCGGAUAUUCUUUGGUCUCAUUAGCCACAUAAACUCUAUUGGCGGCUUCCCAGUGUCAUUCGGCUGUCAGCAACACCGCUUCCUCAAACAUCGCAUCAAUUCAGCGCAUCCCGAGUAAUCCGGAGCAGCCAUCAUCAUGUCCUACGGCAAUCCCUACCAGAGCAAUCCCUAUAGCCAAGCGCCCACGACCGAGGCAGGCUAUGGCUAUAGCGAAGAGCAGCACGAGAUGCAGCCAUACGGCCAGCAAGAAGCACCCGCACCGGCGGCGUACACCCUCUCGCAAAACGACUUCCUGGCACGGGUGGCCCACGCGCGGAAUGAAAUCGAGUCCCUGACGACGGACGUGCAGCAGAUCGCGGCGCUGCACCAGCGGUCACUGGGCAGCAGCGACGGGUCCGCGGCCCGCCAGCUCGACGCCCUGGUCGCCCAGACGCAGCUGAAGAACACGUCGAUCCGCGACCAGAUCCGGAGUCUCAAGCAGGACGCCGAGCGGACCACCGACGCCUCCCGUGGUCUCAAGUCGACCCAAUUCAAAUCCCUCAACAACGACUUCAAGAACAAGCUCCAGAACUACCUGCAGGAGGAGCAGCAGUACAAGGAGAGAUAUCGCGAGCAGAUCGCCCGCCAAUACCGCAUCGUCAACCCCGAAGCCACCGAGGAAGACGUCAGGGAGGCGGCCGACAGGGACUGGGGAAAUGAGGGUGUCUUCCAGACGGCGCUGCGCACUAACCGCUCCGGUCAAGCAUCCGCGGUUCUCGGCAACGUGCGGGCGCGCCACAACGAGCUGCAGCGGAUCGAGCAGUCGAUCGCCGAGCUGGUGAACAUGUUCCAGGACCUGGACACGCUGGUCGUCCUGCAGGACCCCGUGGUGGAGCAGGUGGAGGAGCGGACGGAGCAGACCAACGCCAACAUGUCCAAGGGCACGGAAAACGUGGACAGGGCCAUCGUCAGCGCCCGCCGCACCCGCAGGAACAAGUGGAUCUGCGCCGGCAUCGUCUUGCUCAUCAUCAUCGCCAUCGCCCUCGGCGUCGGCCUCGGCAUCAGCUUGACGAAGGGGAAGAGCAGCAGCUAGGGCGAUGAUCCUCUUGCUCUCGUCUUUCUUUGAUGACCUGGCCGGCCCGCGGAUGCCCCCUCGUACUGCCAGAGUUGAUCCCAACCUGCUUGUUUACCGGCAGAUGUUUUGUUUGGGGGCCC